AUGGAGUUUCUGCCAUCCAUCGCACUCUUCGAUGUCCGGAAUUGGGUGGUCGUCGUCACUGGCUCUGAAGCGGAGAUUAUCAACCCGCUAGCCGAUAUUCUUUCUCGGUCUGGAGCGCAUAUAUACGUCUGUCAGCCGUUCUUGAGUGACAACGACGUACCUGGAGAAGAACAAUGUCCAGGCCAGACGUUUGUCAACAUGGAUGAGGCGAACAAGGCAAGCAUUGCGAAUGCAGUUCGCAUCAUAGAAACUCGGGAGCAACAGGUCAACCUGCUCAUCAACGUCAACUCGAAAGACUCAGCCUCUCAGGGAAAACGUGCGUCAUGGGACAGCUUUUUCAGUAGACCGGGGUCCAGUUACACCGAUCCGCCGUCGCAGCAAACCCAUGAAGUCGAAGAUUGGGAUCGAGUGUUCGGAACCAAUAUUUCAUCCUCAUACUUCAUCGCCUCUGCAUUUGGUAGUUUGCUGCGCAAUGGAGCUGAACUUUACGUUGGAGGCUACGGGCUACCGACCCUAUACGGCUCUCGAAUCGGCCAGCCUAGCGCAUCUGACACCGCCUUGCAACAAUUGAAUAAUCUUCUUGCGACCGAAUUGAAUUCGCCGACCGAACAUCGGAUUAGGGUGAAUGCAAUUGUUCUCCGCCAGCCGGCUGUUACGAGCUGCGCUGUCGCGCAAAGCGUGGUAUCAUGCGCAACCAAUGCAUUCAUACAUGGCGCAACCGUUUCGUUGGGAUAA